UGCCCUAAAAUUACCAAUAGAACGUAAAAAUUGCACUCGUGCAGCACGAGUGUUGCCAAUCGAAAACGCUAUUAAUUUGCACUACAAUUAUCAUUCCUAAGAAAAAACCGAGGAAAAAACUGUGAAAUAUUCAUAGUAGUGAUAUACAGUCUCUCUAACACAAGCAAACUGAAAUGGAACGACAUUACUUGAAUACUUGGUUACCUUUUGCUCUAAUUCAUGAAGAAAGAUAACAUAUUUUCAAUUGUUUGAUGGAGGUACCUACAUAUCACAAAAGGAUCGACUUCGUUUAUACUUUUUUGAAAAAAAUCAAAAACAUCAAGUCUGGGCGAAUUGAAAAGGUAAAAAAUAGCAAAAGUACGCUUAAAAAUGGCAAAACAAAAAAGAAAAUCAAGCUCACCAAUCCUAAAAAGAAGAUAAGCAACAAGAAUAUGUCAGUGACAAAUGUAAUAACUAGAGGUAUUACAAAAAAGCAAACUAAAUGUAAACCGCAGAUGACAGCGGAGAAAUCUGCAAAUAAUAUAUUAAACAAAAUCAAUCACAAGCACCGUGAAAUUAAUUUAAAUAAAAAAAUGACCAAAAAAAGGAAACACUCUAACAGUAACGAUAAAAAUAAAUGUAAUGCUAAACUGACUUCAAGCAAAGUUAGUUUAAAAUCUACAAAUGAGACUUUUAGCGAAGAAACUACAUCUUUGACAGUGAAAAAUAAACCCCGAAAAAAUCCUGUAACCCAUCAAACUUUAUUUUUUAACAAGUCCAAACGUAAUAAAAAUUUAAAAAAGGAACCUACGCAAAAGGCGACCAUUGCACCAAAGAGACCAGAAAUAUAUAGGGAAAGUCUGAAAAAAUUAAGCAAGUUGCCCCUUCAUGAACGCAUGGUUGAAAAGUUAAAGGCAGCAAGAUUUCGUUACCUGAAUGAACAGAUGUACACAAACACGGGCAAAGAAGCUAAGCAGUACUUCGAUGGGGAUAUAAAUGCAUACAAAGCGUAUCAUGAUGGAUACAGAUUGCAAGUGUCAAGGUGGCCCAUUAAUCCCAUUGAUAUAAUAAUAAGCAAAGUAAAAAAGCUGGAUCGUAAGCUUGUGGUAGCCGACUUUGGUUGUGGUGAUGCAAAAUUGGCAAAAUCAGUCCCGCAUAAAGUACAUUCUUUCGAUUUGGUUGCGACUGAUGACACAGUUACAGCAUGUGAUAUGGCUCAUGUGCCACUUACAAAUGACAGUGUCGAUGUUAUUGUUUUUUGUUUGUCACUUAUGGGUACUAAUCUCAAAGAGUAUUUCAUGGAAGCCAAACGUGUAUUAAAAAAUAAUGGCUUACUGAAGAUAGCAGAAGUGGAAAGUCGGUUUGAGGAUAUCAAUAGUUUUAUAAGCAAGUUACGUAGUUAUGGAUUUGUGAAUAAGGCCAAGGAUUUAAGCCAUAAUCUUUUUUGUUUUUUAGAUUUUGAACUAAACAAAUCAAAAAGCGUUAAAAAUGAAAACUUACCAGCAAUUACGCUUAAGCCUUGUUUGUAUAAAAAGAGAUAAUAUAAUAUGUAAAGCCUA